GAUCCCUCUCUGACCACGACAGACGAUCUUCGGAGUUGUGUGUGUGUGUGUAGUGUGUGCGCUCCACUCCCGCUGGCUGCUAUGACCUAGCUACCGGACGACACUUUCCGUUUUUCCACGCUGACCCUUCCGCCUCAAACUGCAGUCCCCACACUCAACGUUACGGUCGUUUAUGGUCGCAUUACCGCCACUUUUUCAUCGUAGCUGCUGGCCUCCGGGGCUAGCUGGCUAGCAGAGAGGGGGUGACGGAGUGGAGACAGCUGGUCGGACUGAGAAACGGCAGCGUUAGCAAACAAGCUAAUUAGCGAGAAAGACUCAGCCUGGAUUAUUGCCUUUAAUCAAAAGAGAGCAUAGGUCUGCGGCUUCACCCACUGCAGCAAAAAUGAAGAUAACUGUGGAUUUCGAGGAGUGUUUGAAGGACUCCCCAAGGUUCAGAGCCACCAUAGAGGAAGUGGAGGGGGAUGUGUGCGAGUUGGAAUCCAAGCUUGACAAAUUGGUGAAAUUGUGUAUCGGGAUGAUUGAUGCUGGAAAAGCCUACAACGCAGCUAACAAACAGUUUGUUAAUGGGAUCCGGGAGCUUGCACAGCAGUCCACCAAAGAUGAGGUCAUUGAGUCCAGUCUCACAAAGUUUGCCGAGAGUCUGCAGGAGAUGAUCAACUAUCACACGAUAUUGUUCGAUCAGGCCCAGAGAUCAAUCAAGACGCAGCUUCAAACCUUUGUCAAAGAUGACCUGCGUAAGUUCAAAGAAGCCAAGAAGCAAUUUGACAAAGUGAGCGAGGAAAAGGAGACGGCGCUGAUCAAGAAUGCCCAAGCUCCCCGUAACAAGCAGCACGAGGUGGAGGAGGCCACCAACAUCCUCACUGCCACGCGCAAGUGCUUCCGGCACAUUGUCCUCGACUACGUCUUACAGAUAAACGUGCUACAGUCCAAGAGAAGGUCGGAGAUCCUAAAAUCAAUGCUGUCCUUCAUGUACGCCCAUCUGACGUUUUUCCACCAAGGUUAUGACCUCUUCAGUGAACUGCAGCCUCUUAUGAAACAGCUGGGAGGGCAGUUGGACCAGCUGGUGGUGGAUGCUGCCAAAGAGAAGAGGGACAUGGAGCAGAAGCACUCCACCAUCCAACAAAAGGCUGCACUGCAGGAGGUGACAGAGCUCCACUUUUUACCAGACUACAGCAACUUUUGCGCUUGGAGGUCGACCUCUGAUUUCUCGAAUGACGACACAAAGCUGGAGUACAAUGUGGAUACAGACAACGGCAUCGCCAUGGAGGGUUAUCUGUUUAAGAGGGCCAGCAAUGCCUUCAAGACAUGGAAUAGGCGCUGGUUCACCAUCCAAAACAAUCAGCUGGUUUACCAGAAGAAAUUUAAGGACAACCCUACAGUGGUGGUAGAAGACCUGAGGCUAUGCACAGUCAAGCACUGCGAGGACAUAGAGCGUCGCUUCUGUUUUGAAGUCGUGUCACCCACCAAGAGCUGUAUGAUGCAGGCAGACUCCGAGAAGCUGCGACAGGCUUGGAUCAAAGCUGUCCAGAACAGCAUCGCCACCGCCUUCCGCGACAAGGGAGAUGACAGCGAGAAGCUGGAUAGGAAGUCGUCCACAUCAACAGGGAGCCUGGACUCUGGAGGGGAGCCAAAGGAGAGAUCACUGAAAGGAGAGAGUGCCCUGCAGAAAGUCCUGGCCAUCCCAGGCAAUGUUUGCUGCUGCGACUGUGGGCAGCCGGAGCCCCGCUGGGCCAGCAUCAACCUGGGCAUCACCCUGUGUAUACAGUGCUCUGGCAUCCACAGGAGUCUGGGAGUGCAUUUCUCCAAGGUUCGUUCUUUGACUUUGGACACUUGGGAACCAGAACUGCUAAAGUUAAUGUGUGAACUGGGCAACAAAGUAAUCAACCAGAUCUAUGAAGCUCGGCGAGAGGAGCUUGGAGCAAGAAAACCACAGCCGGGAGAUCCGAGGCACGAGGUCGAGGCCUACAUCAAAGCCAAGUAUGUGGAUCGUCGAUUUGUACGCCGGCCGUCAGACGAGGAGCUUCGCAGCAAAGUGGUCUCUCUGAGCAAACAGGAGAAGAGGCUGAGCGGCAACUCUGAGCACAUGCCACCAAAAGCGCCUCCACCCACACCAAAACUUCGACCUGGUUCGAAUGCUUCAGGGCAGUCAGCUGCUGCCAGUGGCGCCGAGGCCCGCCGGGACUCUCUCUUCUGUCCUGACGAGCUUGACUCGCUCUUCUCCUACUUUGACACCUCCUCCAAGCUCAGGAGCAUAAAAAGUGCAGACAGCGGCAUCCAGAACAGUGCUGAUGGGAGCAGGGAGAUGCUGGCCACCACCCCCUCCAAUGACAGCCUGGCAGAUGCAGAACCCGCUGAGACUCCACCCAUGCCCAUGCCCGCCACACUGCCUCCUCCGUCACCCUGUAAGGAGAUGGUUUUCUAUGAACCCAAGGAGUACAGCCCGGGUCUUCAGCUCUACUGGGCGUCCUGCGCCCGCAGCCUGCCGGACAUGGCAGAGGCGCUAGCCCACGGAGCCGAGGUCAACUGGGUCAAUACGGAGGAGGAAAAGAGGACCCCGCUGAUCAUGGCAGUGCAGGGGGGGUCUCUGGUCACCUGUGAGUUUCUGCUCCAAAAUGCAGCGAAUGUGAACCAACAGGACGCUCAGGGCCGAGGACCCCUCCAUCAUGCCACCAUGCUGGGACACACGGGGCAAGUGUGUUUAUUCUUGAAACGAGGAGCGAAUCAAAACGCUGCAGACAUUGAGGAGAAAACACCGCUGUCCAUAGCGGUGGAGGCGGCCAACGCAGACAUUGUCACCCUGUUGCGACUAGCCAAGAUGAACGAGGAGAUGCGGGAGGCGGAGGGGCCCUACAGCCAGUCAGGUCAAUAUAACUCCAACAGCCCCACCGAGAUGCAGUACAGGAAGUGCAUGCAGGAGUUUAUUAGCUUGCAGCUGGAUGAAUCUGAAUAACCAGCCGCUGCGUGUUGAGCCAACGACGCCUAGGAAACAUAAAGUGUCGGAGUUGGGGUCAGCUGACUUAAAAGAGCACCGCCCCCAAUCAUCCAUUCUCAGGGGUAUUGUUAAAAAUUUGGGCGAUUUCUUUAUUGAGAGGAAUUUAAUCCACUGGCCUAUUUAAGUGAGCUGAGCCUAACUCUGCCAGCUGUGCUCGUGUGUCCUGCUGUUACAACUUCCUGCCAGGUGCUCCACCAGCUCUGCACCUUGUCGCUCAGCGGCAGGGUUAAAGCCAUCGACUCUGGGCAGUAUUAGAGUUUUUGUUCCAAACUGGAACAGCCACCUUUUCCAUUUAAGUGACUGUUACUCAUGUCAAGUUACUGAUAGCACAAAAAUAUUUUUCCUCGGUUUUAGAGGUGAUUAGAAGGUAGGUUUUUGUUUUGUUUUGAUUAAAGUAAUUGUUAUUUUUAAAUUCCUGUUGUGUUUCUGCCAGCAGUCACAGUAUCUUUGCAAAAAAAAAAUAUAUAUAUAUAUAUAAAUAAAAAAAUAAAAAAAUCUGCCCAGUAACUGCCACCAGUAUCCAGUGACACUCAGACCUCAGAGGGAGGGCAGUCUCUACUACAGUAUCUGGCAAUAAUCAAGACUUUUUGAAUGAUGCUUUUUAAAAUCGUCGUGAGAGGCGUGUCUGUAAUCUUUUUCCUUUCAACUGACCUUUCAGAAGUCAUUUAUGCACCUUCCUGUUAAUGGUUAUGCAACUGCUGUACCUUUUCCCAUGACUGUAUGGUUCUUAUUUGAAGUCUUAACUGCUUGUCAAGUCCUGUUUACUUAUUUAAUGACGCAUCUUUCUGGUGUUACAUGACAGAUGUUUUUAGAGCAGUUUUCUUUUAUAGAGAUAACUCUAGUAAGUCUAGGUAUUCUUACUGUACAUGCUGUAAAUGAUGUUUUUAGAGUGACUCUGGUUGCACAGCAGUAAGUGCCAUGAGGACUCUUGUGUUCGCAUACUUUUCUUUUGAGUGUCUUGGUUGUAGUGUGCUUGCUCAUUGCCCAUAAUCAUGGGAAAUCCAGAAUUGUAAGACAAAAGGACUUUUAGAGCCCUUGCACUAAUCGUCCUGAAUGUUAGUGGAUUUGAAGGUGGUACAUCUCAAGCAGCAAUAGUGCAAUAGUCUAGAAACGUAUCCACAUGUAACCAUGUAUAGCUUUUGAUCGCCUGCUUGUUCUGGCUUAUAUUCACGUUAAUCAUUAUGGGAGCUUUAUUAUUUAAAAAAAAAAACAAGCAAAGAAAUUGAAAAACAAUCUAGGUUUUCAAAACGAAUGUAGACGGAGAGGAGGGUGAGGUUUGCUGACAGGCAAUGAAUGAUUGAACUGUACCCCAGUUUCAUCCCACAUCGUCUCUCUCAUGUUGCCCCGACUGCUCGGAGGGCGCCAAAGCACUUUGAUGAAACGGUCACUGACAGAGCAGCGCCCCCUGCUGCAGGCAGAGCGUCAAUGCAACGUUUCUAAUCGCUGAUUUGUGUGGAUGUCCCUGGAUGUUAGAGAUCUGGUGUUUAGUAGUUCUCUAUGAAAUGUUUGUGUGCGAUUGUGGAGCAAAAGGAUUUAUUCAUUUGUGUGUGCUGACACACAGGAAGAGGAGGGCUGAGCUCAUUUCUUCUCGAAGAACGGAGCGUUUACACUAAGGGCGAAAUGCACAGCUGGAGGAAGAUGCACUGUUAGUAACUGUUUGGACCUUACAACAAAUAACUAGAAGUUCUUUUGUCUUGUUGUUGUUUAUUUAAUGGUUAUUGAUAGAGACUGGUUUAGAAACUGCUGCUGAUGCCGAACAGGUCAGCAGCAGGUUUGUUAGCAGUGAUUGUGAGAGGAUGUUUGUGUUGAGCAGAAAAGGAGAUUUAAAAACAUGUUUGGUACUCCAGCGCCUCUUCAUCAGCACCCUCCAAUCAGCUGAUGAGUGCUGAGAGUGAUGAGGGAUAUUCAGGGUUAAUGAAUGUGAGGGAGAGGUGACCUCAUUAGUCCUCUGUUCCUUUUCUUUUCUCUUUAAAAGAAGUUCUCUUGACUCGAGUGUUUGAAGUGCAGAGCCGUGGUUCUCGGUUUAAUAUUUCUUGGCAUUUAAAUGAUUUUUUAAAAUAAUUUUACGAUGUUUUUAAAUACUAUUCUUUUACAACAUCAUGUCGUGUUCUUAAAACCCCCCAAAACAAGAAAUUUACCCUUAAAACCGACUGAGAACCACUGAUCUGAUUAAGGUGGAAUUUUCUUCUCUUCCUCCUAACACACUCUCACGUUCUCUUUUAUGUAAAUCUGUUCUGUCACUUUUUGUAUUUUGCUUUUCUCACUCUCCUCCCCAGAGUUUGUGCCUUUCUUCUUUUCUCUCUUUCUUUGGGGUGCUGAGGCCAACACAACUGUAUUUUUGUACAUAAACUCCUGCACUUUAAACACAAUACAGUUGUUGAUGAAACAAACUUGCUGUCUGUGGGCUGUCUUUCCUCUCCGAGUCCGUGUCCCGUUGCUAACGAGGGCCUCGCUGACUGUUUCCUCAAACAUUUGCCUUUUGCUUCUUCUGUCCUUCGCCUCUUUUCUCCCCUCUACAUUGUUCUGUUUCAUAUUUCGCAACCACGCCAGCACUCUUAACAGGUAUGGCUAAUUAUUUUUUCUUUUUCACUCUUGUUGACACUGAUGACACUGUCGCUGCAUGAGCCCCCUCCCCACUUUGCAUGAAACUCUGUGCAUGUUUUACCUGCUUUACAUCUGCACAAUGAGGGCAUUGGGGUUUAUGAUCACUGUAGUCUUGACAAAUUGAAGACUUUGGCAGAAUAUGAAUAUGAAGGGGAAUAUGGGGAAAAGUUCAGCUAUUUGUGAACAUUGUUUAAACACCUGCCUCUACGCAGGAAACAAAACAUUUGUGCUACAGCAGAAGAUACGAGAUGGAGGAUUUAUUAUUUCAUGCAGCCCCGUCAAUACUUUAGUUUGUAGUGAACAUAAGUUAUGAGCAGUCCAGUAAACAGUUUUUUCCCUUCUUAAACGUAUCUACAAUGAAGUGUUUUUGUCAUAGACUGUAUAUAAAAGAUGUGCAUAAUUUCCAUAAUUCUGUCUGGGUGAAGCGUGAGCUUAAUUGAAACGUCUACGUCUGAGUCCUAUGUAGAGUCUGUGCAGCUGGAGUCACAAAAACAGGCAGGCUCGCAGACGUCUGGCCGUACCUUUGCGAUAACUGUCCGAUGAUGAGGCUGAAAGUGGAACUGCAAACGUGGAAAUUACAAAAACCACUUAAGUGGCACCUGUGUUCGGGGUAACAUUGUUGCCACUACGUUGGCAAUUAAGAUUCUCUUGCUGAAUUGAUCGUUUCUCUUUCAUUUGAUUUGCGAUACAACGACAGAAGAAAUAGCUGGACGUGAAUAGGAGGGAAGGAUGGUACUAAACGGGCCAAUCACAGUGCAUUUCUAGGGAGAGGCACGUCAGGUUACAGCGUAGGGUUUCGUGGUUGAUUUAGACGACUUUGGUGAAUCGUUGUAAAGCCCACCAAGUGGCCGGCAUGAUUGCCAGUAUUCAGACCUGUGCUCGGGGAUUAUGUUGUGAUUACUUUACAGUAACUCUGUGUUUUAGAUACGGUGCCAGCUACAAUAGAAACAAAUAAAAGUGGCAGCAAAUGCACAGAAGGAAUUUACUGUACUGAACAGGCCAAUAAAUAUCGUUGCAGCUGCUUUAACACGAUGUACAGAUGCAUUUCUUGGAGGUGCACAUCAGGUUACUGACGGCUAGAUUUAACACAGACGCUGAGCGAUAUAGAUUGGACCGCAAGGGUCUGUGGGGAUGCCACGUUUCUGUCUGUUUUUUGUGACCACACAGACUCACCAACAAGGACUUUACAGUGCACCAGCUGCACGUGCGCCCCCCCAGGGAGUGGACUUAAAGUGGUCUUCAAAGAAGGAUUCAUUACUUCAGAGCCGUAUAAUCAUAUCUUAAGGCGGUGCAGAUUUAACUCUGAAGCAUAAAUUCAUCUGCUUUGUGGAAGUACCUUAAACUGACAUUCUUUCUAAUGACCAGCAGGGGGCGACCCCUCUGGUUGCAAAAAACACGACUGUACAGAAGUGACCUUGAUAAUUGACUUGAUGGUUUCAGUCGCUAGUUUUAAAUCUUAUUAAUUACAAAAUGAUGUAUUUUUGUAAAUUAUAAUCCUUUUGUUUGUUUGUCUAGUUUUUUUUUUUGUUUUUUUUUUUUUUUUAAAGAGGUCAAAAUGUCCAUCUUUGAUAUACAGUCUAUGGUCUUACACUGUUUCCUAAGAAAAUAAAAAAAGACAAGUUUUGUUACUCAUGUCUUUUCUCCCCCGUGUU